UGAGUUUCACACCCGCCAAAAAAGUUUCGUUGCGUGCCGUCGCCUCAAGCGCGACCAUAGCGCCCCCGGGGCGCUCGUGGCGGCCUCACAAACUGUCAGAAGUCUCGUAGCUAUGAGGUGGCCACCGACAGCUCAACGGUGCUUGGCAAUGCGCAGCACAGGGUGCCAUUGUACCAAGCAGUUGGAAAGAGAUCCUAUUGACAACAACGGCAGGCAUAAGAGCGCGCUGUUGUCGUCGCCGAUGCCACAGCCAGUCGUGGCUGUAUGGGCAACACGACCAUUCGCUACUAGUCAGUCAGAUAGUUGUUAGUUGUCCGCCGAUGGCUGUACUCGUGGAAGCGGAGAACUGGCCGCUAACAUUGUGACCGCUACGAGCAAAACUGAAAAAGGCCAGCCAGUGCGAAAGUAGCUGUUUAAACGCGGAGUAACCGUCGUCUGACUGUCUUUCUUUACGACGAUUGUUACUGCUGUCGGGCCGCGUACCGAGUAGAUCGCUUGCUGUACCAAGUCAGCUCUAUGUUGCCAUUGUGCUCCAGUACGGCUAUGCCCUGUCCUGCGAUUCUGACUAUUUAACGGCGAACGCUCAUGUACCUCUUGCUGACGAAGCAGACCCACUGAAGUGUUUCGGACACACAAACACGUACGGGGAAUGGGCACUGCCGCUUCGGAAAGUUUAUGUACUAGACGUCUCAGAUCUGUUUGACUAAGCAGAUGUGAACUGUACCAAGCAGUGAACAUAGUCGGAUUUCGGAUCAGGCGAACUUAAAGAGCACAUAGCCGUGUCUCUUGUCCGUGAAGGUGUGCAACUGUGCGAAGCAGGACAAUUGGAAUUAAUUGCGAGUAUUCGGUUUUCGAAACGGUUUAAGGCGAAGGUGGCAGGAUGGCUGCGAGAAGAACCGGCGUCGUCGAGGUCCGAGUUCACUCGCGCUGGUAUAAGGUCAUAGCGAGUCUCGAGCAUGACGCACUUCUAAUCACUGUUGAUGAAAAUAACUUCGAUUGUGUUGGCAUCACAGGUGUCCAUAGUAGCAAUGGAAUGAACAAUGGAAUAAGUACAAACAGCUUCGGUGCUGCUGCUGCUGCUGACAUCAAUUCCAAUAUGUCGGGUGUUGACGAUUCAUGUCAGCUUAAGGAAAUCACAAGCAUUCCGGAUACUCUGUCGAAUGGCAAACGGCGCGUGCGGAUUCACAAGCCCGACUCUGGUGGGCUGGGCAUUUCCAUUAAGGGCGGUAGGGAAAACAAGAUGCCUAUUAUCAUCUCGAAAAUAUUUAAGGGUCAGGCAGCAGACCUAACCGAGCAGCUGUACGUUGGGGACGCGAUUCUUAGCGUAAACGGAGAAAGCCUCCGGGACGCUAGCCAUGACGAAGCAGUCAAAGCACUUAAGAAAGCUGGGAAGGUUGUCGAUGUGGAAGUUAAGUUCGUCAAGGAAGUGACGCCGUAUUUUCGUAAAGUCUCUCUCUUGUCCGAGAUUGGCUGGCAACUUGAAGGAAUGGCAAAUCCUGAGCCGCUUUCAACGGCCGAUUGUGCUUCAUCAAGACGGGUGCCGCUCACUCUAGCGCUCAUCGUACGGAAUCUUUCGUUGCCUUUGGAUGCCGAAAAUAGAGUAAUUGAAAUACAUUCACCUGAUCGACGGCACACGUGCAUCUUACGAUGUUCAGAUUCGCAUCAAGCAGCGUUGUGGCUUCGGGCGAUCAACGCGGUCGCUAGUGACCUAAAUCAGAAAGCACUAGAUGACACAAAUUCUAUUACCGGAGACGUAUUGGACUCUGGACGCGUGGUUUACAUGGGCUGGCUUUGCGAGAGGGAGCCAAAAGCACCUUCUGCUUUACAGGUGUCCGACACAGCGGAGCGGCAAUGUUUAAUGGAUCGUGUCUGGAAUCCUGUAUUUGUUGCACUGACAGGAAGUGAACUCCUGUUCUACGAUCUCGUUCCGUGGACGCGUGAGGCUUGGGCAGUCCCGGUAACAAGCAAACCGCUUUACGUCAUUCGUGUCGUUGCAAAUAGUAUUGGACGUUCGUCGUCACGAGCUGGAUCGACGCAUUCGCUUUCUCGAAAUUCACCUGGCCGUUAUUCAUUGAGCAGUGGUCGCGGAUGUAGUUUAGAGAGGUCCUCUUCGGGCGUUUCUGCUCUGGGCGUAGCCGGCCUAUGUAGUCCCGAGGAAUUCUGUUUUUCGAUACGGAUUGGGACACCUAAAGGGGUCGAACAGCGUGUAUUACGUUGCGAAACGGCAUCGUCUCGUUCUGCCUGGUUACGAGCUCUCAUUCAGGGCCCACACGACUGCGUGGCCUCGAUCAAAACCGUAAAGUUCGAGUGUUCUGUGGGUGCGUCGGCUAUGGAGUGCAUUUUGACAGUUCAUUUAGACGACGGCCUCAGUCUCGAAAGGGUGGAUGGCGUUAAGGACGAGCGCCAUCUGUGGAGUCAUUCGUUCGAAGACAUCGAAAAGUCUGGCGACGAUGGCCAGCGCCUGCUGUUUCUCAAGUUCAAAAGGGAGGACAUACCUCGGGAGCUCGACAUGCUCGGAUCACCAAAACCGGCUGUCUUUACGCUCCAUACGUUCCUGUCAGCGAAACUUGCACGCCUAGGACUUGCAGCAUAAAUUCGUAUAU